CGAAAGAGGAUUAGGGAAAGCUAAACAAACCCAAACGGUUAGAGAGAGAAAGAAAGAGAGAGACCGGUUUAGAUAGAAAAGAGACAUACAUUCAUACAAACAGACUGAAGAAGAAGAAGAAGUGUUUUGUCUCCUGCCAAGUUUCAACUCAUUUUCUUGAAGAAGAAAGAAGAAAGAACAAAGAAGAAGAAGACUUUUCUUACUAAAAAUGUAUAAUGGAUCCACGUCUAUGCUAUGCAUAUUCUCUUAUAUCCACUUUGUUUAGUUUAACACAUUUAUAAUCAUCACUACUUCUCCUCCCUCCUGCUCACCUACCCAUCUGUCUUCUCAAGCCCUAGAUCUGAAUCUCCAUCACUACAUUGCUGUGUUCUGUUCUAUAGAUAGAUCUUCUAUAUCAAGAUCUCGUCUUUAUAGCUUAUUCACUAUUGGGUCAAUCAGCUAACUAAUCAAACCAUAUAGCUUGAAGCCUGUUUAAUUAUGGUUUAGUUCUAUAUGAAGAUUGUUCCGGGGGGGUGGCAUAUAAGCAUGAAAGACAUGCAUAAUUUACAUGCCUCCCGUUAUCAUCGUGCUCAUCAAAGGAAACCAACAUGGAUUCUAGUCUUGGUUUCAUUGGUCAGCAUGUUUUUAAUUUGUGCUUAUAUAUAUCCUCCUCGGAGUUAUUCAGCUUGUUAUGUAUUUUCUUCAACUGGUUGCGAAGCGAUUUCAAAUUGGCUGCCUCCUGCUCCCAAAAGGGAACUCACUGACGACGAGAUUGCUGCUCGUGUCGUCAUUAGGGAAAUAUUGAACACGCCUUCGAUUGAUUCGGAGAAUUCUAAGAUUGCUUUCAUGUUCUUGACUCCUGGUUCUUUACCUUUUGAGAAGCUUUGGCACAAGUUUUUUCAGGGGCAUGAGGGAAAAUUCUCUGUAUAUGUGCAUGCCUCCAAGGAUAAACCAGUGUUUACUAGCCGAUACUUUGUCAAUAGCGAGAUUCGCAGUGAACAGGUUGUUUGGGGAAAGAUAUCGAUGGUUGAUGCAGAAAGGCGUCUGUUGGCCAAUGCACUUAAGGACACAGAUAAUCAACAUUUUGUAUUGCUUUCUGACAGUUGUAUACCGUUGCAUGAUUUUGAAUACGUCUACAGCUAUUUGAUAAAUUCAAAUAUCAGUUUCAUUGACAGCUUUGACGAUCCUGGACCACAUGGAAUCGAUAGAUAUACAGAGCAUAUGUUACCUGAAAUUGAGAAGAAACAUUUUCGGAAGGGUUCACAGUGGUUCACAAUGAAGCGUCAACAUGCAAUUGUGGUGACGGCUGACAGUCUGUAUUAUAAUAUAUUCCGGGAUUACUGCAAGCCGGGAUUUGAUGGAAGGAACUGUUAUUCUGAUGAGCAUUACCUGCCCACUUUUUUCUAUAUGCUUGAUCCGGGUGGGAUUUCCAAUUGGUCAGUAACCCACGUUGAUUGGUCUGAAAGAAAAUGGCAUCCAAAAUCAUACGAAGCACAAGAUAUCACUUAUGAACUCUUGAAGAAUAUCACUUCGAUUGAUGUAAGUGUGCAUGAAACAAGCGAUGAAAGGAGGGUUCAACAGCUGAGAGCUUGCAUAUGGAACGGAAUGCAGAGACCUUGUUACUUGUUUGGAAGGAAAUUUAUGCCUGAAGCACUUGAUAACUUGAUGGAUCUUUUCUCAAAUUACACAUCAUCAGUAUAAGUGGGAAAAUCAUCAUCGAUUUUUAAUUCUUUGGUUGGGUCAAUGUCAACAACAGUUGGUUGGUUUAUGACCAUCAAUCACCACCUUCAUUCUUCCUUCUUUUGUGUAGCUAAGCUUAUGAUUAUGCUGUGAAGUAGCGCGUUUCAUUACUUACAGAAGAAUAGAUGAUGACGAUUCACAAGAAGGAUAUUGUCAAAAAAACAUUAUCUCAUUGUUCCUUUGGGGUGGUCAAAAUUGGUUUAGCUUUGUAUUAUUUAUUGUAAUUUGUAAAGUGUGUCUUUUACAAAUUGGAUUGAACUAACAGCCCUCCUCUAUUUUGAAGAUGCAAAACCAUCUGUUAGAGCAGUUUGAGGGUGAUUUGUGGUUCCAGCCAGACAGUUUGGUGUUUCCUUAUUUAGUCCUAGUUUGAGAACACUUCAUUUGUGUUAUUAGCAGAUGGAGUGUAUUAUUUUUUCUCUUAAUUAUCUUGAACUUUAAUGAUAGAUUCUAAAUGUGUCUUGAACUUUGAUGAUUUAUUUAAGGGGAGUAUAAUUCCUUCACUUUAAAUAAGUUAAUUGUGUAGUGAUGUACUUUGUUGUU